AUGGCUUCUGCCAACUCUUCCUCCACCUCCGCUCCCUCUCCUCCUCGCUCCUCGAACAGGUUUGGGGUUCUUGACCCUCUUGACCCUAAGCAACCACUCCGGCCUCUGCCUGGUCAGACACCAAGCACCGACAAGGCGCCGCCGCCUAAGGCGCCGCGAAACAGGUACUACGACUUGGACACUGACAUGUCAGAUUACGCGUCUAAACUAGAAGAUCUACCUCUGCCUAAACACACAGACGUAGAUAUGAGCGAGGCGGACGACAACAAGAUCGGCAAGCGUCGCAUCCAGGCUGCUCCGAAGCUGCACUAA